AUGGCGGCAUUGCCUCCGCCUCCUGAGAGCGGCCAUCGCAUCACCGCGGCGCGUCUCUUCCGCCGCCUUCCUUUGCCACCGAGCCUCCGCUUCCAUGCCUUCCGCUUCUACCCCCGCCCAGUCCAGCCUCCCUCGUUGAACCUCCUGCGCAAUGCGGGCUUCGAGGAAGUUUUUGCCGCAGCAGACUGGCCCUCGCCCCUGUCGUCAUGGGUGCCGCUCGUCCCCGGCGCAGCAGGGCAGCAAGGGCAGGUGGGGGGGGUGGUAACGGGGGAGGGGGGAGGGGGAGGGGAGACUCCCCCCGGGGACCCGUCCGUUGCGGCUGAGGGCGGUCGGUUCGUUCGCCUGCAGCCCAGCGACGGCAGUGGCGGCACCGGUGGCGAGCUUUGGGGCAGCGGGGCGAGCGAGAGUGACUGGGCAGUGUGGCCGGUGCAGGGACUGGGGCAGCUGCUGUGUGUCGUGGACGGGGGUGAGCAGCAGCAGCAGCAGCAACAGCAGCAGCAGCAGGAGGAGGCAGAGUUUUCGCUGUAUUUCUAUGCAAGGGCACGCGAGUGCAUGAUGGGUCCGUUUUCUGCCUCUGGAUUGCAGCCGAUGCGAGCCAUGAUCGUCGCCGUGCCCCUCCCAGCCACUGCCGGCAGCACUAGCAGCAGCAGCAACGUGGACGAGGGAGACUUGGGCAGUGCGCUAGCAGCCGCUAUGAGCAGCGGAGAGAUGGUGGUGCUGCAUCAAUGGACCGUCGGCGUCCCCUGCCGCAACAACAACUCCAACUCGCUCUCAGGCCUCCUCCCCUGGCGCCAGCACGGGCCCUUCUCCUUCCACCUCCCACCCUCCCCCGCCUCCGCCGCUGCUCUCUCCUUCCCGCCGCAAGGCGUUGCGCUGCACCUCGUGCUGCUGGAGGGCAGUGGGGCGGGCAGCGGCAGCGGCGUGGGCUCGGGUGGCAGCAUCUGGGUGCCCGCUCCCGGAGACACGUCCCUGCCUGGGGGUGGGUCGUUUGGGGGUGGGUCCUUGCCUGGGGGUGGGUCGUUGGGGGGUGGGUCUGUGCCUGGGGGUGGGACCGUGCCUGGAGCUGCGGCUGUGACUGGAGAUGCGUCUGUGCCAGGGGGUGCGGCUGUGACUGGAGAUGCGUCCGCGUCACGAGCUGUUCAUUUGGCUGCAGCGGCAGCGGCAGCAGCAGCAGCAGCAGCAGCAGCAGCAGCAGCAGCAGCAGCAGCAGCAGCAGUGGAAGGCGGAGCGCUCACGUCGGCGGCAGCGGCAGCAGGGAACAUAGACAUCGACCUGGUCACUGUGGCUCCCAGAGGCACAGCUGCAGCAGGGAACAUCGACAUUGACCUGGUCACUGUGGCUCCCAGAAGCACAGCGGCCUCUGCCCCUCCGUCCUUCUCCUACUCCCCAUUAACCUCCUCUCCCCUCCUCACCUCCGGAUCGGCCCGCCUCCUCCCCUCCUCGCUGCGCCUCACCCCCCUCUCUCCACCCCACCAAGCGGGCCUUGCCCUGCACCCCACGCCCUUCCCCCUCAUCUCCCCCGCCACCCCCACCUCCCCCUGCCGCCCCUAUUCCUUCUCCUCCUCCUUCUCCUUCCGCCUCUCCUCCCCCCACCCCGCUGCCCUCGGGGCCGACGGGUUUGCUUUCGUUCUCCUGCCCGACCCCACCGUCGGGCUGCCCGGGCCAAACAUGGGAUACGGCAGAGGGCCAUACAGUCAGGAGGAGCUGUUUGUGGCUGCAGAUGGGGGGGGACUUGGGGAUGGGGCAAUAGGGGAAGAGGAGUGUGUGGUAGUGAACGGGGCCUUUGUAUGCACUCCGAUUGGCAGCAGCAGCGGCAGUGGCAUCACAUAUAACAGCAGCUUGCCACAUCAGCACAGCCUGGCAGUGGAGUUCGACACGUCAUCAACCCGUCUGUUUCUGGACCCAACGGUGCAACACGUGGGGGUGAACGUGGAUUACAGCAUGACGUCAGCAGGCCAUGCGUCCGUGCACCCCGCGGGCGUCCCCUCGCUGGGCGGCAACAAGAACGAGACGCUGCAUGCGUGGGUGGCCUACAACGCCACCGCCUCGCUGCUCUCCGUGCGCCUCUCCUCCUCGCCCGCCAUGCCCCCCUCCGCCCUCCUCUACCUCCCCUUCAACGCCUGCGAUUUCUUUCACAUUUUUCCGAAGGAGGACGGAGGGGAGGGUGAGGCCGUGUUGGUGCAUGUGGGGUUUGCAGCCGGCACGGGGCUGCUGCCGCUGCACACUCAGACGCACGACAUCCUCUCCUGGGCCUUCCAGGUCGACACCCAAGCUCCGGCUCCUCCUCCCCUCUGGCUGCCGCCAUCGUUCUCCUUCCCUUUCCUCACACAAGGCGCCCGCUUCACUGCCUUGGGUUCCACUCACCAAACCUUCUCGUCGCUUCAACUCACCCCCGGCAACGAUGAUAACGAGGCAGGCGCUGCCUUCUUCCCCCUCCCCCUGCCCCUGCUCUCGCUCGUCCCGGCCCCUGCUUCCCGCAAGAAGAGCAAGGGCGGGAAGACUGAUGUUGUGGUGUGCAAGGCUCGGUCCUUCACCUCGUGGUUUCCUUUUGAGCUUAAGGGAAGCGGAUUCUCUGGAUACGGGGUGGUUUUUGUGCUAAGUACUCGGCCGGGGGUGGGGCAAGGAGGGGCGGCUAUGGGGUAUGGGCACGACUCAGUAGACAGGAGUGCAAAUGGGACGUGGGCGGACGGAGGGAGGAGUGUGGCGGUGAUGUUUGAUGCCUUUAGCGGCCUUGACCCUAACUGUGACGUUAACAAGGAUGUGGCGAUUCUCUCCGUUCACACUGACUUUAACGUGACUCGACGGCUGGCUUCUUCGUCUCAAAAGAGAUACACUUCAUCCUCGUUAUACAGCAUGAGGGUGGACUAUACGGCUGCCACUAAGACACUAGAGGCGGUGAUUUAUAGAGGAGCUACAAGGAUGGGGAGUGUGAAGCUGACUCUUGACCUGUGCGCUGUGUUCUAUGAUGGCAACAGCAGCACUGAGGGAGUGAUUCCGGUGUUUUCUGGGUUCAGCAGUGCCAACACGCAGGCGUGUGUUCAGUCCAUCAAAGCGUGGACCUUCCGAUUCACAGACGUCAACCCGUGCACGGCGUGGGACGUGAAUCCAUGCGGUGCUGGCAGGUGCACUGCGGUGCGGUCAGCAGCCACAGGCACAUACACCAGCACGUGCUCAUGCCCUCUCAGCCAGCCCAGCUACAAGCUCCCCCAAAUGCCCGCCUUCCAAACAUGCCACAAUGAGUUCCCCACAUGUCGUCUUAACAGCACUGACACGUGUGCGCCUGGCGUGUGCCUGGAGGGCUAUAAUGCCUCCUCCUUCUGCCUCUGCCCGCCCUCCUUCUUCCCCCUCGACUACUCUAACCCCCUCAAGCAACCCUGUAACCAAGUGAGUGAGUCUGCUACUCGAGUGCCAUUCUUCCCAGCACCCCCCGGCCUCACAUGCCCUCUGCUGCUCGACAUCUUUGACCUCUCACCUCAAGAGCUGCUGGAGAGCAACCAGGGCAUGGCAUGUGAUAAGCCCAUACCUCGUGGGUUGGUAGUCAACGUGUCGGCAUCUGCUAGCAAGAAUUGCAGCAGCAUGUAUACCACCAACCAGGGUGACACGUGCACGUCGAUCAACACCCUUCUUGACACCAACAUAACAGAUCUAAACCGUAACAUUGACUGCUCACAACCUCUUGUACCUGGAAAGCGAAUAUGUGUGCGGAACAACCCUGACGUCCGCACGCCCGCGGUGGCGGGCUGCAUGGUGCAUCACGUGCUCGAUCUGGAUUCGCACACAUGCCAGCAGCUCUCCAGGCUCGGUUACGGGUUCAGCCUCAUGAGCAUCUCAAAGCUUUUCCUCGCCAACCCCGCUCUCUACUGUGACCAACUGCUGCCCGGUGCAGCUGGGUGGGACGACUCUGUUCUGGACUCG